AUGAUUGAUAGAACUACAAGAUGGCCAGAAACAACGCCAAUCGCAGAUUGUACAGCGGAUACAGUGGUCGACGCGUUCUUUAAUACAUGGAUCUCGCGAUAUGGAUCACCAACAACAAUCACCACCGACAGAGGAGCGCAGUUUGAGUCAGCGCUAUUCGACGCCCUAGUCAAAUUAAUUGGAAGCAGGAGGAUUAGAACCACCGCCUACCAUCCGCAAUCGAAUGGGAUGAUCGAGAGAUGGCACCGUUCACUUAAAUCAGCGAUAAAGUGCCAUGAGACGCAGAAUUGGGUUGAUACCCUACUAAUGGUUCUAUUGGGCCUUCGUGCCAGUUAUAAGGAGGACAUCCAAACCUCAGCGGCGGAGCUAGUUUAUGGCAACACUUUAAAACUGUCCGGAGAAUACUUCACCUACGAAGAUCCGAUCGAAUACCCGCAAAUUUUUGUGGAAAAGUUGAGGGAACGGAUACGCCAAGUACGAAGACCCACGAGAGCUUAUCACGCCAAGAUCAAGACAUUCAUCCACAAGGACCUGGAGGACGCCACGCACGUAAUCGACUAUAAAAAACGACCGGAGGAAAUAAACACCGAUAGGCUGAAAUCAGCUUUCACCGAGAGUGAGAGAAAGGAACUACCACCUCCAGAGGGCGGAGAUCAUCAGCAGCCAGGAACAUCGGACGCAUUACCCAGCCAAAGAGAUGGACGAUCCGAGCGGAGAAUCCAAUUCGCGACUCGAACUGCGAAUCACUAG